UCCGUCUCGUAGUGAUGCUAGGAAAAUUGAUCAAGACUAAUUGCUAAAAAAAAAUUCAUUAUUGAUACAAAUCAGCCUGAUUUAGUAAGCACGGUCAUGCUAUAAGAAAUUAAUUAAUUUAACUUGAUGAAUGUGUCAGGCUGGUGCGGACAUUAAGAUUUCGAAAAGUUUCAUAAUGAAAAUUGGUCUUAUAUGACGUGCAAGUGUGAAAUAUUAUCGUCAGUGGAUGACUAAUAAAGUGGAAUUCUAUUGCACUCUCGCAUUAUAAAUUAUUUGUCAUAAUAGCAUUCAAGUUAAGAAAUUACCCGUCGAUAAAUAAACGGCGAAAAAAAAACAUGUAAAAUAAAAACCUAAAGCCUCAAGAUUUGGUUUACCCUCAAAACCUAAAGCCUCAAGAUAACAAAACAAUUGUAACAAGAUUAUUGUAACAAAAAUCUAAUAUACCAUAAUCAUAAAAAAAACCUCGGAGGGUACAAACAAUACAUGAUAGUGAUCACUGAUACCGUCUGAUAUUCUGUGAUACUCGAGGAUCGUCCAUGUUUUUCAAUAAGGUACAGCACGUGCAACCAUGUUGACCAGCGAAUCACCAUCACACCUCAACCAGUACCUCACCACAUUAGCUGUGUCGGUUGUGUCCAUCGGCGUCGGUGCCGUCUUGGGCUUCAACUCCCCGGCGUCCUACCAGCUACGCGUCCCUGUCAACGACACCGUUCCUGUGAACAACACUGUAGCCGUGAACAACACCUACAGGAACCCUUUAAGCGUGGAACAUAUAUACGUGAACACUGCUGCUGGAAGUGGACAGGCUGCUGGUUACGACGACGAAUACUCCUCCUAUAAUGCAAUAAAUAACAACGGGUUUCCCAGCUGGAAAAACGUUAUUAACGAAAUUCUAUUUAAUACGACAUUUCCAUCAACUAGCUCAACAAUCAAUAAUAAUAUAAAUAAUAUCAGAAGCCACGAUCUAUCACCGCUGAAAAGAAUUUUUCCCUCGGAUUUCUCUCCCACUUAUUCAAUGGGCGCCGAGGAUAUUACUCCUACGGCGCCCUCUGAGUUGGACGACACAGCGGACAUUGUGAUGUCCAGCGAGCAGCUGUCGUGGUUCAUGUCGGUGUUCGCGCUGGGGGCGCUGGUGGGGGCUCUGGGCAGCGGUGCCCUCAUGACCCACCUGGGCAAGAGGGGGGCGCUGAUCGCGUCUACCGUGCCCUGCUUGCUGGGCUGGACAAUGACGGGCCUGUGUACGGCUUACCCCGCGCUGGUGACGGGCCGCGUCCUCACGGGCGUCUUCGUGGGCUCCAACGCCGCCGCCGCCAGCGCCUACGUCGGGGAGAUUGCGUCCUGCGAUAUCAGGGGCACGUUGGGGAGUUUUUACGAGCUAGCACUGGUGGUGGGCAUCCUGCUGGAGAUGGUGGUGGGGGCGUACACGACAUGGCAACACCUCGCCCUCAUCUCCAUGUGCCCCACUAUCAUGUUCGUCAUCCUCAUGUUCUUCUGCAAGGAGUCCCCAGCACACCUCCUCAUGAGGGGCAGGGAGCAGGAGGCGCGUCGCAAUCUCCAGCAUUUCAGGGGUCCUGACUACUGCAUCGAUAAGGAGAUCCAUGAUGUGCUGGAGUCCCAGAAGGAAGCGAAGGAUGCUUCCUUCAAAUUGAAGGACCUGAAGAAGCCCCACAUUUACAAGCCCCUCAUCAUCACCCUCACCAUCAGCGUCUUCGCCCAGCUGGUGGGCAUCGAAGUGCUCACUUCCAACCUAAGCACCAUUUUCAAGAGCACAGGCAGCAACAUGUCGGAGAACUUGAGCAGCGUUAUCUGCAUCCUGGUGGAGAUAGUCGCUGGUGUGGUUGCCAUCUUUCUGGUGGAUAGGGUGGGGCGCAAGACGCUACUCACCGUCAGCUCUGCCGUCAUGACUGUGUCGCUGGGUAGUCUGGGCUUGUACUUCUACCUUCUGGAGGAGUCUGAGAACUGGGAACCUUCACAGCUGGCAUGGCUGCCGCUCACAGCCAUCAUGACGUACGUCAUGGCCUACGGCACUGGUUUCGGGCCUGUCAUCUGGAUUCUUGUAGGGGAGAUGUUUCCCCCGCUGGUGAGGGAGACCGCGGCGGGGCUCACCGUCACGGCGCUCUGGACGACAUCCUUCCUCACCGUCCAGUCCUACGAUCUGCUCAUGGAGGGGUUGCAGAGCUACGGGUUCUACUGGUUUUACGCAGGAGUCUGCGCCCUCGCAACCCUUUUCUCCCUCACCAUCGUGAGGGAAACUCGUGGCAAGACCCUCGAGGAAAUCACGCAGCUCUUCAUGAGGGCAGCACCGACCCUCGGGGCAGCGAGGGCUGAAGACUUGUAACGCUAACGUGUGAUGGCCAGGUUUUCUUCUACACUCAAAAAAUAAGAGAGACUUGAAAUUUGUGCUACUGCUACGUGACGAAAGUGCGUUGCUAUGUGUGGUAUUAGAAUAGAAUAGAAGUGUCGGCGUUGAAGAAAUAGGCCCAUGG